CGUAUUCCAAUUUUCCUUUGCGAACAUUGAGAAGACCGAGUCCAAAGUACUUAUGCUGUUCUACAAUACCAUUUUGAUACAAGGGAAGCUGUUUUGAUACUGAAUUUCCAGUUCUCUUUUAAAAUUUGCCAACACAACAGGCUCACCACCUCCGAGGCUACAGCAGGCAUAGCCAAACAUGUCCAACCCUCACGCGUCUGCUCCCCCUCGGCGACGCUCAUCGUUUGCGUAUGACCCUGCUCGAGAUACUUUCAAAGAAUUACCAGACACCAUAGCCGAACAGGCCAUUGCUGAGGAUGUCGAGGAAGAUGCAAAGACUACAGAUCCGCCGACCUCCAGCCCGGCAACAGAAGACGCAGGGGGGCAGUCUCGAAAGCGAAGGCGAUCGGGGUCAGUUGACGGAGAAGUGAAGCCUCCGCCUAAGGCAAAGAGACAGGAAACUGAGGAGACACCUCCGGCCAAGAAAGCACGCGCUUCCAUUUCACCCUCACGGCCAGGCGGAUCUUCGGCCAAAACCUCGACAAACGGAACUCAUGGUGAGAAACCCAAACCAAGAACACCAGCAGACCUUCCGCGUAUCCCACGCAAACCGAGAGAAGAAGGCGAAGUGUCCACAUCACGCAGGGUGCCCGACGCAUAUAGUCGACGACCGGACAACGAUGACCGACGAACCAGAGAACGGAGGGAUGCGCUCUCUAACCGACGAUCACGAUCUCCUCCUCGACGACGGUCCCCCCUAGAUGCCUACCGUCGACGUUCUCCUCCACGAGAGCGGCGCAAAUCCCCUUCUCCAAUCCGCGACUCUCCACCACGAGAUAUAAUUCGUCCCGGCGGUGCCCGUGGCCGAGGUCGUAACGUUCUCGCCGAACAACAGCGCCUAGCUGCCGAACGCGAGCAGAAGCAGGCUUCACAACAUGUUCAAGUUAACCGCGGCGUUCAAGAAGUCUCAAACCAAUUCUAUAACGCACGGCCAGAGUGGGUGAAGGAGAGGGGACGAGAUUGGCGAAGGAAUGAAUCUCAAAUAAAAGGACUACGCAGUUUCAACAAUUGGAUCAAGUCCUGCCUCAUUCACAAAUUCAGCCCGGAAGAGAAGACCGAAGAGGAAGAGCUGGGCUGGGGCGAGGAAGCGAAAGAACCAGCAGCACAGAAGCCACUCGCUGUGCUCGACCUCGGAUGCGGGAAAGGAGGUGACCUGGGCAAAUGGCAACUGGCUCCACAAACCGUGGGCUUGUAUGUCGGCCUUGAUCCAGCAGAAACGAGUAUCCAACAAGCUCGUGAACGAUAUCAGCAGAUGCGGCGAGGCCGUCGUCCCAUUUUCGAUGCCCGCUUCGUCCCACAGGACUGUUUUGGCGCCUGGAUUGGUGACGUGGGCAUAGUUCGCGAGGUUGGCAUUGACCCCAAUGCAGGAAAUGGUCAGCCAAGUCGCUGGGGCGGUGGUGGAUUUGACGUUGUGACUUGCAUGUUCGCCAUGCACUACUCGUUCGAGUCCGAGGAGAAAGUACGCAUGAUGCUCCGCAACGUGGCAGGGAGUUUGAAGAAAGGAGGACGGUUUAUCGGGGUGGUGCCGAACAGUGAUGUUUGUGCAGAGAAGAUUAGACAGUGGUUCAAGGAGAAAGAAGCGAAGAAGGCUCUGGAGAACGGCUCCCAUGAUGCUGAUGAUGAGAAAGAGGAUGGCGAGGCCGACGAGGAAGGCCCUCAAUGGGGCAACUCCAUCUACAACGUCCGCUUCCCGAUCGAUCCACUGCGUCCCUUACAGCCCGAUGGGUCCUUUCGCCCACCGUUCAGCUGGAAAUACACUUACUGGAUGACAGAAGCAGUGGAUGUACCUGAAUUCGUGGUCCCGUGGGAAGCUUUCCGGGCGUUGGCCGAACACUACAACUUGGAGCAGCGCUAUAGAAAGCCAUUUUUGGAUAUUUGGCAGCAAGAGCAAGGGAAUCGCGAUUUGAUGAGUCUGGCAGCGAGGAUGGGAGUGACCAGAUAUGAGGGCGGGGAGCUGCUGCUGAGCGAGGCUGAGAAGGAUGCGGUGGCGUUCUAUCAUGCUUUCUGCUUUGUGAAGGUGUAGAUGGACUCUUGGUUUUGUUCUCCACGGCGGCCUAGCAAUGCCUGAGACUGCUUCAUGUUGUGAUUAUGGUGGAUGGAAAAGUCACUCAUUCUGGAGAACUCUGAGGCUUACCAGCCGCCAUUCAGGAAUGGAAACGGAGGACAAGGGUGCCUCAUGCAUAUUGGUUCUUGAGAGUUGAGAUCAAGUCCAGCCAUUGGCAGGCUAUGCAGGAUCAAUGCAGAUAGAUCCCAGACUUUCAUGUCCUGCUGCUAUGUCUGGGCAGUGAGGAUUUAUAUCCUAGAUAGUCUCUUGAGUGUCUAUGGGUAGUCGAUACGAGAUGCAAUAUCAUACUCGCCGGUCUGUGAAUUCCCU